UCGCCGGCGCUCUGGUGGAGGAAAAUGAGUGUGAUGCUGUGGCGCUGGGAGCAGAAUAACCUGACCAUGAAGUUGAUUUAUACAGAUUGGGCCAAUCACUAUCUAGCAAAAUCUGGCCAUAAACGUUUAAUAAAGGAUCUGCAGCAAGAUGUGACUGAUGGAGUUUUACUGGCUGAAAUCAUCCAGGUUGUAGCAAAUGAGAAGAUUGAAGACAUCAAUGGCUGUCCAAAGAAUAGAUCUCAAAUGAUUGAAAACAUAGAUGUGUGCCUGAGUUUUCUGGCUGCCAAAGGAAUAAACAUACAGGGACUAUCUGCAGAAGAGAUCAGGAAUGGGAAUUUAAAGGCCAUCUUGGGCCUUUUCUUUAGUCUGUCGCGCUACAAGCAGCAGCAACAGCAGUCCCCAAAGCAACAUUCAGAGCAUUCUCCGUCCCAGCAACCGCCCACCUCAUCCCAGCAAGCAGGCUCUCCUUCCCCCAGCCAGGUGGGACCACCAGACCAGCAGUUACAGCCACAACCACCGGUGCCAGCUUCACCUCAGACUCAGUGCCAGCACCCCCCACAAGCACCACAGCUUCAGUUAAAAGCACAACCAGAAAUGCAGUCCAGUGCAUCACCCAGGGAUUCAUCUCAAAGCAAAAUCAUCCGAUUCACUCUCGGUCAGAAAAAGACUUCUAGGCUUCCAGGUCCUACCACGAGGGUUUCAGCUGCAGGCAGCGAAGUAAAAACCCGUGGUCCAGCAAGUUCGAACAAUCGGCGCAGCCAGAGCUUUAACAACUAUGACAAAUCCAAACCCACAAGCCCACCAUCCCUUCUAGCAAGUAGCAGUGAGAAAG